AGUGGACUAAAACAGAGCUUCACCACUUGCCUCGGCGCAAAACUCCCAAAGUUUCACAACCACCUUUCAGCCACGCAACUUGAAGCGCAGGUCGCGUUACUCCCAUAGCCGUAACGGUGACGCCUUGCGAAAAUGUCGAACGACGCCGAUAAGGAGCCGACGAAGGAGUCCAGCGGUGGUGUGUCUGGACUUCUGGGCAUUGACCAGAUAGACUGGGGAGGUGAGGCAGGCAAGUUCUACGAGUGCUGGAAGAUCAACCCCUGCUGCGGUUCUCCGGAUGCGAAGAAAAUGCUGUGCUGUCUCUUCUGCUGGUGCUGCUGCAGCUGCUGCUCCAUGUCGAAGCUGUUCGCGUCCAGCGUGGACCAGGAGUGCGCGCUGGUGCCGCAUUGCUUGAUGGCGUGCUUCCUGCCGUGCAUCACGGCGAUCUGUGUCCGCACGAACCUCCGCAACCGCCUGGGCGUACAGGGUAACAUGGUUGGUGACUGCAUCUGCGUGUGGUGCUGCGGCUGCUGUUCACAAUGCCAGGAGCUUCGCUCCGUGACGACCGAGGAGUGGAACCUGCUGGAGCCCGCCUGGAAGACGCCCGAGGUAUCCGCUCCAGAGAUCAUCUUCCUCAAGUAG